UUUUCUAUCAUGUCUGACAAACGUUUCAGGAAGUGUGCUGACCCAUGUCCAAAGUUUUUGACACCUGAGGACACACAAAACCUGUGCGUUUUCUGUUUGGGCGAAAAGCACGCACGGACAGUGCUUGAGGGUGCUGUCUGUGUUAACUGUGAGCGUUUUCCCAUGAAGACGCUCCAUUCCCGCCUGUCACUCUUCUCGAGGGAAGGGGCGGCGGCAUCUGUGCCUGGUGGUUCUGGCCCCGCUCGCGCGGAGGCAGAGCGGUGGCUGAAAUCAUGAGGCUCGCAGGUGGAGCUCGCUGAGGAGUUUGAGAGAGGCGUUAAUCUUUCUCAGCCCCCAGCGGCUGACGGGGAUGAGCUGCUGGAUGAUGAUGACGUCCUUUCUUUGACGUCAUCGGAUCCAGCAGCGAGUGCUCUUUUGGCUGAUAGCCCCAGAGAGCAGGAGAUGGUGGUUGAAGAACAAGCAGGUGAGCCUGCUGGUUCUUCUAAGCCUCCCUGCCCUGCGUAUGCUGAGCUGCUGGAGGUUAUGGAGUGCGCUUCUGGCAGGCUGCAGCUGCCUUGGGAGCGCGUUAGGAAAGAAACCGCACGCGGACGGAUUGACGAGCGGUUCCUUUCCGGCCAUGGCCCUGCAGCUCCCGUGAGCCUUCCAUUCCUUCCCGAUCUUCAUGUUGAGAUCGAGAAGGCAUGGAAAAACCCGUAUUCGGCUCGUAUUCAUCGACAUCAGCGAGCGAACUUCGCUGAUGUUGAGGGAUUGAGCCAGCAUGGGUAUGUGUCGAUGCCCCCUAUUGAUGAAAGAUCAAUGGCGGCGAUGGUGGCCACGGAGAGACGUCUGUGGUUGAACCUGGCGGACAUCGGGGAGAAAGAGAAGGGCUUUCUCCUCGAUGCCCCGGUGUCGCCCUCUGAACUUUCUGGCACCUCCGUCGAGGCGGUGGUUGGAAAGUUAAGGGAGGCGAGGGCGCGCUCGGCAGCGUUUAGAACCUGCAUCCCGCUCAGAUCCGAAUCUGGGCUCAGACAGCCAGGAGGUCCUGGUCCAUCUCGAGCUGAGGCUCAGAGACAGGUCCAGAGGUCCAGUGUGGCCACUCGUGCUCCUCCUCCUCCCAGGAGUAAGUCGCAGAGACGGCGUGACUCGAGGAGGAAGAAGCAGGAUUUAAGGAAGGUGAUCGAUCGCAGACGCCAGCAGCGUCGGUAAUCGAUUCCCUCUCUUUGCGAGGGCGACUUUACACCUGCCCUCGCCCCUUCUUCCUCCACCUCCUGAGCUAUGGAUUCAUUUAACGUGCUCAGGUGCUUCUUGAACAGUCAGGCUGAUGGCUGGGCCCAUGAUGAAAAUUUUUACAGGCCUGCCUUCUGGCUUGAUAGUGAAAGAGGCUCUUUUAGGCUUCAAAGUACCCUAGAUUCCAUCCUUCUAUGUGAAAAGUGAAGGAAAGAAGGAGUCUUCGGUCUUCGAGCUGCAGGAAGUUUGGAGGAGGAUGUCGAAGGCUCACAGGGGUGAAAGAGGAGCCUCCAGAUCCAGGAGAGCUGCUUCCUCUCAGACGGCCGGUCAGGAGGUUUGGAGACCCGGUUCUGAUGACCGCCAUCAGGAUCCGCUGCCAGACCAGACCCGGACGCUGAGCCAGGAGCUACCUGGAUAUUUAACACCUCUUCCCUCUGAGUCUGUUUUUGUGUCCACAGGUCAGGAUCACUGGAGGAGGAAGUGGCAGAGCAGCAGCCAGCAGAGCCCAGAUGAUGGACGUCCGUCCAAUCCAUUUAAAAGACCUGCUACAUGGUCUCGCAGAGAUUCUUCACCAGGCAUCAUGUCCACAUCAUCUUUGUCCCUCUCUGAGGACAAUGUAAAGAGGCGGUUCUGUAGAGAGUCAUUAAGCCUGAGCAGCAGAGGCUCAUACAGCGUCUGUUGGAGGUGGAGUGGUGAUGGAUCGGAGAGCCCAAACGAACAGGGCAGUUGUGGCAACCGCUGUUUGUCCAGGUCUGACAGCCUGGAAGAGUGGAUGAGCCCUCCGCUGCCAGGUCAAGUUCCUGUUGAGCCAACAGAGACUUCAAAUGGCCGAACUGCCCAGGGUGCCAUGGAGUCUUCUCCUGUGAACAAGAGCUCAACAGAAAAACCUACAGAAUGGAGGAAGAGGAAAAGAUUUCGAUCUUUCUUGAAGAUGCUGUGGAAGGCCAUGAAGAGUCCUUUCAGCUGCUGUUGCCACAGUAGUGCUGUGGAUGUCGUGGAGCCUUUUGUCCCUCCACCAGAUCUGGAGCCGUCAGCUGAUCCUGAGCCGUCACCUGAUCACUCCAGAGUCAAGACAAAUAAUGAGUCCUUUGAGUCUCUCUUUAACGUGGGAGAGAUGAUUGGAUCCGGAGGAUUUGGCAGGGUGUACGAGGGGACACGCAAAUUUGAUGGCAAAAAGGUUGCCAUCAAGCGGAUACGCAAGACUGCCAACAACCGUUAUCUUGAUAUUCCUGGGCAUCCCGAACCUCUCGUUACAGAAGUGGCGCUGCUGCUAAUGAUGAGGCGAGAACCCAUAAGCCCCUACAUCAUACAACUGUACAAUUGGUUUGAACAUCCUCGAAAAUUCACUCUGGUUAUGGAGUACCCUGAACCCUGCGAGAGCUUGCUGGACUUCAUCAUUCGUCAUCCUCAACUGGACGAAACAACAGCACGGGUCAUCAUGCGACAGGCUGUGCUGGCAGUACAACACUGCAUUGAGCAUUGCGUUUUUCAUAAUGAUGUUCAUGCGCAGAACUUCCUGUUGAAGAAAAACACGUUAGAGCUCAAGCUGAUAGACUUUGGCUGCGGUCAGCUGUUUAGUAGCGAUGGCUACGAGAGCAACAUAUACCUUGGAUUACUGGAUUACUGCCCACCUGAAGUCUUCGCAGAACCGAGAUUCCACGCCGUCGCAGCGAACGUCUGGGCUCUAGGAGUGUUGUUGUACGAGAUGGUGAACACAUGUUCUCCUUUUUGGGAUAGAAUGGAAAUCAAACAAGCUAAAGUUACAUUUCAGAACACCAACUUAUCCAAAGAAUGCAGUGAUCUGAUUAGCCAGUGCCUAACCCGGGAUCCAACUAAACGGCCGACAUUAGAGCAGAUCUUACAACAUCAAUGGAUUAGAAAUGAUCUAGAUUGGAGAAGCUCAGGAGAUUCACUCGAUCAGUGAUUUCAGGAAAUAACAUGCUUGCUGUCCUUGGUGGAGGACUUGAGCUCGAGGCUUGACCCGAAGCCUGAAGUCCAACCCCAACCUGACAGGAACUCAAGCCGCCACACCAGAGAUCAGAGCCUGUCCACGUCUGAGCAAGAACAGAGAGACUGCAAGACAUCAAUUCAUCACAGACACAUUUGCUUUGUUUUUAAGUCAAAUCAAGACAUCUUUAUUUAUAUAGCACUUUUUUAUAUGACCAAUCUGUAUAUAUGUAUAUAUAUAAUCUGUAUAUGAUCCCUUUGAAUAAAUGCUUUUA